CUCCUCUCCAUUCCCACCAUCAACAUCCCAGUCUCUUCUACCAGCCUCUCGCGGCAGCCUGCACUCCUCAUCUCGCUUUGAUCUCUUCCCCGCUCCUGCCCUUUCCCACCUCCCAAAAUGAAGUUCUCUGGACUGAUCGCCCUUGCCUCGGCCGCCCUCUUCGGUGCCGCCAACGCUCAGACCACCGACAUUGUGUCGGCUCUGGUUGGAUACACCAAGAACAACGCCUCCAUCAUCACUGGCCUGGCCGCCAGCUCUCCCCUCCUCAGCACCAUCAAGAGUGCCAAGAACAUCACUCUGUUCAUCCCCACCAAUGACGCUGUGGCCAAGCUCCCCGCCAGCGUCCUGGCCCAGCUCAGUGACCAGACCGUUGUCGAUACCGUCCUGAGCUACCACGCCGUCCCCGGCAUCUCGUUCGUGCCCUCGGCCGACGCCGAUCUGUUUGUCCCCACGGCCCUGGCCGACGCCAACCUCACCGUCUCGGGCGACGGCUACCAAGUUGUCAACGUCGUUGUCAGCGGCGGCAAGGUUGUCCUCAACCACGGUGUUGCCAACGGCCCUGCCAAGGUCAUCGACUCGGUCGUUGCCACCAACGGUGUGAUUCACAUUGUCGACACCGUCCUGCUGCCUCCCGUCUCGGUCUCGCAGACUGCCACUGCUGCCGGACUCACCACCUUGGUUGACACCCUGGUCUCGGCCAAGCUGGCUUCCAUUGACUCGCUCAAGGAGGUGACCAUCUUUGCCCCCACCAACGCCGCCUUCAACACUACCCUGGCUGCCCUCAAGUCCGCCAACGUCUCCCUGAACCUUGCCCAGCUCCAGGCCACCCUUGGCAUUCACGUUGUUCCCGGUGUCUAUCACUCGACCGACCUGCUCAAGCUCGCCCCCGUUGCCCUUUCCAUCGGCACCUACGGCGGCGAGAACAUCACGAUCGAGGUCGACACCACUGGCGUCUACGUCGCUGGUGCCGGUAACAGUGUCGCUGCUCGCGUUGUCACCGCCGAUGUCCUGGUCAACAGCGGUGUCGUUCAUGUCAUCGACACCGUCCUGCUCCCCAGCACCAAGCUCCUGACCUCCCUGGCCUCCAACACCGACGGCCUCACCGUCUCCCAGCUGAACCCUGUGACUCCUGCCGUCCUCGGCAAGACCUUCACUGUCCCCACCCCCUCGGCUGCUGCUCCCAGCCCCAGCACCACUGGCUCUGCCCCCGCCCCCAAGAGCGCUGCGGGCCGCACUGUUACCAGCGCCUCUCUCGUUCUGGGUUUCUCGGCCAUUGCCGCCGUCCUGUUUUUGUAAAUUACCUUGCCGAUUGAGCCCCUGAUUGGGCCCGGCCUGGUUCGGCAAAUACACGCAACUGCGUUCCCUCUCUCUUUCGACCGCUGCCUAAUGCGCCUUCGAUAUCUUUGAAUGUGUGUAUUCCCUUCUAUUUUCACGCUUGAACUCCUCUUGGUGCAUGAAUACAACAAAUACUUUGAUUUCCCAGUA